AUGACGAGCCAUCGAGAAGAAGCGGCUGUGGAAAAUGGAAGAAAUGGCGGAGAUGCUGAUCAGAAAAAGGAAAAUGAUAAUUGGUGUGAUGCACUUUGUGAAGAGACCAAACAUUUUACAAGUGAGUUGAGGUGGAGAGAAAUCCACGUGGCUUUUGGGAGCUCAAACUGUGAAUUCCUCAAAUUUUAACAUAGUUUUGACGUGGCAAGGUUUGCACCAUUGCCCGAAAUCGGACUGGAACUAUCUAAUUUCAGACGCAAUAUUUUCGAAUUCUGAAGUUCAUGGCCUUGUUCAGCAGGAUCGAUUUGGUAAGUUCACGAUAUUUCUUGGAAAAUAUGUACAUUUCACAUUUUGAACCUGAAAUUUUGAUUAUCAAAAUCUCAAAUUCGAAUUUUUCUUAUAGAACUUUCGAAUUUUCAGUUUAAAUAUAUAUAUUUAUUUUUUCGAAAUCUCUAUCAGGAAAAUUAAAAUUUAAGAUCUUGAUAAUCAAAUCACACUUCAAAGUUCAAGAGGCAAUGACAAUUAUUGUGAGCUUACAAUUAGCAAAUCAACCCUGCUGAACAACGCUGUGAGCUCAGAAUUCGAAAAUAUUGCGUCUGAAACGAAUUUCAGUUCGAUUUCGUCAUAACUAUCUACAACUGCCGAAAUAUUGUCGAAGAAAAUCAGUGCAGAAUUGAAUGAAUGGAAAAACAUACUUCGUCAGUCGCGUGCGGCUGUGCGUCGCGGUCGGGAAAUAGAGGACCGCGACGCACAGCCGCACGCGACUGACGAAGUAUGUUUUUUCAUUCAUUGCCACAUUUUCAACUUGUUUUCGAAAUGGUCAAAAAAUCCGAAAUUUCCAGACACCACAACAAUGCAUGGCCCAAAAAGAAUCUACAACGGUCGAAAUAUACCAUUCCGUGUAACCUGGGCUGUCGUGUCUGCGCUCGCUGUAAUCGUUCUCGGAUUCACCAUCUAUCACAUAUCGACAAAAUUUUUCUCCUGGCCUACGACGGGUCAAGUUGAAUUCAUUCUCAGCGAAGGUGGAAUGGUAUUUCCGGCUGUCACGAUUUGCAACCUGAAUCCAAUUAAAUUGUCGGAUAUUCGAAAAUACAACAAAUCGGGGGAUUUGACGCCGGAAGUUUUGAAAUAUCUGUUGCGAUCAAAUAUGGAUAUUAUGUUUUUGUAUUCGAAUUUGAAUCGAGAAAGAUUGGAAGCUGUGCAUAAUGAUGCGCUUGAUUUUAUGAAGAAGCAUAAAGAAUUUAGGAUUCAGGAUUUUCUGAAUGAUGUUGGGUAAGUAUUAUCGAAAAUCUCAUCGGUACCACGCGCUCCACCGAAAUAAAUACGCAACGCAGACCGCGCCGCGCCACAAUACACAAAACGGGAGGGAAUUUGAAUCGUUCCUUUAUUUGUGUGUGUCGUGGCGCGGCGCGGCGCGGCGCGGUCUGCGUUGCGUGUUUAUUUCGGUGGAGCGCGUGGUGAGAUUUUCGAAAAUAUGUUCCUGAAUAAUCCCAAAAAUUAAUUUCUAGCCACACUUGCAACGAAACCUUUGUAAAAUGCUAUUUCGGUGGGCACGCUUUCAAUUGUUGCAAAUAUAUGACGCAUAAAAUCACAUCAAUCGGUAAAUGCUAUCAAAUGGAUUUUACAAGCAGCGCACCCGACGAAUUUCGAAAACAACUUUCGCCUGGAUCAGAAGCGGGUCUCCAAAUUAUUGCCGACGCAAAAUUAGACGAAGAGAUGAAUACCAAUUUUUCCGAUGACGAAUCGUUCUUUUUCGAUAUUUUUGAACCCGGUUUUAGAUAUUUUAUUCAUGAACCGUUUAAAGAUGCGGAAUUGGCGUCGGAAGGAGUGAGCGUUUCACCGAGUAGAGUCGUGUAUUCGGCGAUCAAAAAAUCAACGGUUAGUAAAAAGUUUUCUCGUCUGCAAACACGGCGGCGCACAAAUGCACAGUAUUUGAAAAAAAGUUUUUUUCAGCACGAAUUAUUGGAUCCUUGCAACUGGGGAAGCUGCGCGAGAGAAUUUCCAUACAAUACAACUUUGAAAGUCUAUUCCGCCCCGUCUUGUCGAUCAUUGUGUUUGGCCGCGCAUUUUCAAGGAAAAUGCGAUUGCAGUCCGUUCACUUUUAAUAUUGAUGGAAGUGAGUUAAUUCUGGGAAAACUAUUGUUGAAUUUAAAAAAAUGUGGCGGAGAGAAAGCGAAAAUUGAUGAAUGUCUUUGUAUGCACGCGCGGUCGCGUUGCGGUCUAAGAAAAUCAAUAUCGCCGAUUUUUCUAUGGAAAAUGUUUUUGUUUUUCACAAAAAUCGGUCAUUUUUUGUGAAAAACAACAUUUUCCAGAGAAAAAAAAAGAAAAAUAUCGAAAAUCUCAUCGGUACCACGCGCUCCACCGAAAUGAACACGCAACGCAGACCGCACCGCGCCACAACACACACACAAAAAAGGGAACGAAUACAAAUUCCCUCCCUUUUUUGUGUCUGUGUUGUGGCGCGACGCGGUCUGCGUUGCGUGUUUAUUUCGGUGGAGCGCGUGGUACCGAUGAGAUUUUCGAUAAUAUUGAUUUUAUUUCGACCGCAUCGCGACCGCCCGCGCACACAGGCAUUCAUUGAUUUUGUUUGUUCCACAACUAUAUUGUAGGUAAGAAAAUAUGCCUUCCCUAUGAAUCGGUGAAAUGUAUGGUUGACCAUAUGACAGAUGUAAAUACAAAAUUAGCAAAAUUGCCAAAUUGUGGCGAUAUCUGUCAUUUGGAAUGUUCCAGUACCACCUACACGGCCUUUAAUUCAUAUGGCGAUGGUUUCAACAAAGGAUCCGUUCAAUGGCUAUCAAAAUUGGGCGCCAACUAUACAAAAGAGCAUGUUAGGAAGAAUUUUGCGAUCAUCAAUAUCUUCUACUCGGAAAUGAUUUACACGUCGUAUAAACAAGUGAGAGCUUCGAGUUGGCCGGAAUAUGCUGCGAAUAUGGGUGGACUUGCUGGAUUGUUUUUGGGCAUCUCGUUUGUAACUAUUUUGGAAGUUUCUCUCUAUAUCGUCAAAAUUGCCUGGUUGAUCUUUAGAGGUGAUCGAAGAAAGGCUUUGUGCAAAAAACGACGAUUCAAUGGGUUGAAAUUGGAAUGGAUCAAUCAAAAUGUUGAAGAGUAUGAGAAAAUCAAAGGGCAAAAGGAAGAGCCUCAACAUAUUACUCAACUUACACAAAGAACUCGAAUUUCGGCAAGAAAUCAGGCCUAA